AUGCUCAAGUGGCGAGGCUUAAGCCAGCCUGAGUUUAGCCCAUCGGUCGUUGUGGCGCCGCGAUCGACCAGAAUCCGCAAUGGUCAAUUUAGCUCUCCGUCUGCGUUGGUUGAGCUCCCAAUCAGAAAAGUGCAAGAUGUUGAAGGAUUCCUCGUGCAGGACGCGGAGCACAAUCCUGCUUUGCUCACUGUCGACUCGAACUUCGUCCACGUCAACGACCGCUCAUGGUUCACCAAUAACACAUUCGUUCACAGACAAACUUUCCUACCAGCCGUAAAAGAGGAGGAACAUAAUAUACAUGUACGUUGGCACUAUCCAUUUCCAGCGACAUCGAGCCAGCGCAAGGCAUUGCCAGUAAUCAACGGACACGACACCAGAUCCGCAUUUCACUGCUCGAGCAUCGACAGAAGCAUUACAGGAAAGGGCUUCCUCGAUAAUGAGUCUGUGAUCCAGCCAUCUCGUUUUCGUUCAUUAACGCCUGCUUUGCAUAUCGACGCCUUCGCUAUGCCAAAGGGCAUGACUGCUCCUGGUUCACCACCAGAGCUUACAGACUCGCAUUCGUUUACAUCAGAUUCCCAUGCCUCCCAGUUCUCCGUGUCCGACGACUUGUCAGCAGGAACAAUGAAUUUUGAAGAGAUAAUAUUGGAUGAUGAGAAUCACUCCGUUCACACCAGGAGUGCUCCUCGAGAAGUCGAGCACAUUAAUAAACCCAACACCCACCAGAAGCCUAUACAUAGACCUGUACUUGCAGCGUUGCAAAUCCAGCAGACACGAUAUCCCGAGUUGACAAGUAAAACUGCCAAAUCGGCCGUUACGCCAUACACGAAGAGAACCUUCACUAGACCCACCGUAAACCCCAAUUCCUCUCACAAUGCACAAAGAACUUAUUCCGAAUCGCCUGCACUGCACGAGAACAAGUCUGUUCCACGUUUAGGACAACACGAAUACUCAUCAACUUCGGCCUCUUCACUCACACUACCCAGUCGUCGAGGCUCGUGGCAGCCAACCAGGAAAACCAUUUACGAGAUUGAGGCCGAGUACCACGAUUCCGACGAUGAGCUUCCGGACGAUACCAGUCUUUUCAAUGUUCCUCUUUCGCCGUUCGUCACUCGUUCGCAUCUUGCUGGACUUUCACCACAAUCCAGUGCGCAAGGAAGUCCUGAAAGACGUACGCACGUUUCAAGUCCGGCGCCUAUACCUUUAAGCCAUGCACGCACUAUGCCAAAUACUCCAUCGAAAAGUCGGAACGGUUCAAGAGGGACAACUCAGAGGAAGCAAAAGCUCAAUAAAGCCACGAACCACGUAGCACAAUCCAAUUCCGCAUCGACGUCUCCCCAGAGUGACCUGCGCUUCGGCAGAACCAAGUCAUGGAACUUAGUCAUGGCUGAUCUUGACCAUGAAGCUCGUAUUAUUGCUGAAAAACUCGACUUCCAUCACGAAGCCAGCACGAAACUUGACGCAGCAAUCAUCAACCAGCACCGCAGUUCCGCUCCUGGAGCUAUUCCGCUUCCUCCUAUUCAGAAAGGCACACUUGACUUUAUGCCAUCGUCAAAAGAGAAAGAGGCCGUGUUGUCGAGGACCAGGCCAUCUUGGUUGCCUCCGAAGGAUCCUCGUGAGGAGAAACGACACUUGGCACAGUACAAGCAGAUGAUGCAGGCAUCUAUCGAGGCCGAACAGAAGAAGGAGCACGUACUGAAACAGCAAAGACGUACAGAUGAUGGUGUCCGCGAUUCUUUACAUGGGAUUUGGACCUAUUAUGUUGACCCGACAACAGAUCUGUUGACGAUCGAUAAAAGAGUGAACGAUCUUUGCUGGCGUGGCAUUCCUCCUAAACUGCGUGGUGCUGUAUGGCAGAGAAGGAUCGGGAAUCCGAUGAACCUCACGGAUCAAAGUUACACGUUGGCUGUUGGCAGGGCCAAGGAGAUCAAAUCAAAGCCUACAGAAGAGCUCAGCGAGCACGAAAAGACUUUGCGUGAAUGGUUUGCCGAUAUCGACAAGGAUGCUGAAACAGCUUUUCCGGAUCUAAGCAUGUUUCAGCGGCAUGGCUUACAUUGGCAACAUCUAAUCGAUGUCUGCGAAGCCUAUACUGUCUACAGGGCAGAUAUUGGCUAUUUCUACGGCGUACAGCUAAUGGCAGCGCUCAUGCUGACUCAAGUGCCGACUCCGGCAGAAGCUUUCAGACUCAUGGCAAAUUGUUUUCGUAGAUCUUUGCCCUUUGCUUUCCAAACUGGCGACGAAGCAGUUGCAGCUCGGACUUAUGAUAAGGUGAAAUCUACCUUGGAUAUCAAAUUCCCACAACUUCACGCUUAUCUCUUCCUCGAUCAACAGAACUCUGGCCUCGGAUUCUCAGGGAGAGAAGUCUUCGAACACAUGUUCAAGACUGUGUUUGCUAAUGGGCUUGAUCUCGAUCGUUUGUGUAGAAUUUGGGAUAUCUGGAUUUUCGAGGGCGACCGCUACCUUAUUCGCACAGCAGUCGCUUUGUUAGGUGCUCUUCAAUCGCAAAUAUUCGAGAUCCAAGGGGAUGUACAUUUGAGACGGCGUAAUAUCCAGGAAAUGCUUGGUUGGGGACCAUACAACCGCACCGGGAGUGGUUACUGGAAGUUUGAUUCGCUAAACAACUGCGAUCUGUUCGUGGAUGGGAUUCGAGCUGCUGGAAGGCUCGACUAUACUGGACAUUAA